GUCCGAGCAGCGGGGCGGUGCUAGCGGUGGCCGAGCAGCAGUAGCGGCAGGGCCUCGCCUUUUGUGGUUGUCGGAAGAAGAAGAUGGCCCCUGUUCUGGAGAAACAGCAACCGGGUUCAACCGGAGUGGACAACAACAACGAAGAUGAGGAAGGACAAAACCUUUGGUCUUCCAUACUGAGUGAAGUUUCAAACCAGUCCAGUUCCAAGUUGCCGUCAGGGAAAAACAUCCUCGUGUUCGGUGAGGAUGGUUCGGGAAAGACGACGCUAAUGUCUAAGCUUCAAGGAGCUGAACACAACAAGAAAGGAAGAGGUCUUGAAUAUCUUUACAUAAAUGUCCAUGAUGAGGAUCGUGACGAUCACUCUCGUUGUAAUGUCUGGAUUUUGGAUGGAGAUCUCUAUCAUAAAGGCUUGCUGAAGUUUGCGGUUUCUCCUCAGACAAUCGCUAACUGUCUAGCAGUGUUUGUUGUGGACAUGUCUCGGCCUUGGACCAUCAUGGAAUCACUUCAGAAAUGGGCGAGCGUUCUGCGUGACCAUGUGGACAAACUUAGGAUUCCUCCGGAAGACAUGAGAGAAAUGGAGCAGAAGAUGGUCAAAGCGUUCCAAGAGUACACAGAACCAGAGGAUGCCAACCAGACUUCUCCACAAAAGCGAGCAACAACAGUCGGGGAUGAGGAGGCAGUUGUCUUGCCACUUGGAGAGAACACACUCACACACAACCUGGGCAUUCCAGUGCUAAUAGUUUGCACAAAGUGUGAUGCUGUCAGCGUAUUGGAGAAGGAGCACGACUACAGAGAGGAGCAUUUUGAUUUCAUACAGUCGCACAUCAGGCGGUUUUGCUUACACUAUGGAGCUGGCCUCAUUUACACUUCUGUGAAGGAGGAAAAGAACCUGGAUCUACUGUACAAAUAUUUAGUUCACAAGAUAUAUGACUUCCAGUUCACCACACCUGCCUUAGUGGUGGAGAAGGAUGCUGUGUUCAUCCCUUCUGGAUGGGAUAAUGAAAAGAAAAUUGGAAUCUUGCAUGAGAACUUCACAACUGUCAGGCCUGAUGAUCCAUUUGAGGAUUUUGUCACAAAGCCUCCUGUACGAAAGCUGGUUCACGAUAAAGAGAUAAACGCAGAGGAUGAGCAGGUUUUCUUGAUGAAACAGCAGUCAUUGUUAGCGAAGCAGCCAGCCACACCAACCAGAGGAAGCACGGAAUCUCCAGGACGAACAGCCUCUGGUUCCCCCAGACCAGCAGGUCGCGCUGGUCAACCCAGUGUGACCUCCAGCUCUCCGAUAACAGCUGGCAAAAAGCCUGACCCCAACAUAAAAGCCGGUGCAGCGAAUGAAGGAGUGCUGGCCAACUUCUUCAACAGCCUGUUGAGUAAAAAGACAGGAGCUCCUGGGAGUCCAGCUGGACCUGGAGUGCAGGGUUCAGCAAAGAAAACAGGGCAGAAGCCGGGUUUGACUGACGUCCAGGCGGAGUUGGACAGGAUGACUCGCAAACAGGACUCCAUGGUUACGACUAACAACGAACAACCGCCAGCGGAGAACGAAGUGUGAAAAGGCAACAAACAAACAAAAAAACCCAGCUGCAUCAAUAUGGCGUUAGUACUCUGGAACAUCUACAUGUGAGCAGUGAAAAAAACAAAAAGACAACGACCCGCGAGUUUUACCAAAAUAAGGAUGUGAUUGGAUAUUUGUGUUCUGGUGAGGUGAGCAGGGAGACGGAUGUGAGGAAGACAGGACAAGCUGAAGGCUGUGGGCUUGGCUUUACCCCUCAGGCCUUCUUCACGACGAUGUUGGCUCAUGCUCAGCCAGCCCGACGCUUCAACUGUGUCAAUACAUCCAUGCUGUGGUUGCAGGCUCAGCUUUUCUCAUAAAAGGAAUUUGAUAGUGAUUUGAAAAGUUAUGGAAAGUGAUUAUUCAUCAAGGAAAAUCUGAAAGAUGCUAAUGAUUAUUUGUAGUCUGUACAAAACAUGUCGGAUAUCUUACUGAUUUAUUUAUACAAAGAUCCUUAUUUUUUUGUUUCUAUGGCUGUGUCAUUGUUUUGGGUUCAGGAAUCUGCAUCCCACAGUUCCCACUCAUGUCAUGACCAACAUGAUGGUGUCUCCACUUCCUUGCACAUCAUUUGCUCCAGUCAUCUCGAAGGAUUCUGUAAAUAUUAUUAUAAAAUUUUGUGCGGGAAAAAAAGAAAUCUCAAGCAUUUUGACGACACAUUUAGAGACUUCGAGGUAGCAACUUCUGAAACUACAUGUGUAUAUUCAGGGAGGGUUUCCUACUAAAACUCCCAAGUGCCUCGCACAGUUAGAUUUUUGGUAGCGCCGUAAGAGGACAUCCAAAUAAUUUAUUGCUCUUCAAUUGUUGUUUUGUUAAUCCUCAACGAGCCUGUGGUUGCUGUAUUUGUCGUCCAGAUUCUUUGUCUUCAUUAGAGCGUGAGACAGAGACAUUCAAAGCAUACAAGAGGAAGAACCCCAUUUUUGGUGAACACCGAAUGAGCACUUUCUGGCUGGUGAAACCACUUGCUCUGACUCUACUGAUCCGCCGGGUCAUAUCGUUUCGUACAGCACUCUAGUUUUCUUUACUUGCAUGUCUAAACAUUCCCAGUCUCUACAGGAGGUCGCCUUACAGCCACUGCUGUAGUGAAACCUAUUGUUUUGAUCAUUUUGUGCCCUAAUACGACCUUUGCCUUUGAUGUACCGCCCGCAGUUUUCAGAGUGGGCGCCUUGCCUUCACAGCAUCGCUCCUUAUUCAAUUUCAUGUCCUUAGUAAUGUCGUUGAGGCUUGUGUUAGAACAAUCCGUGAAACAACUGCGUCCUGGAAUGUUUUUGUCGCUCUUUACUCCGUGUGCAAGGCUUGAUCAAAGAUUUAACGUGAGAGUAAACUACAGGAUCAGCUGGUGACAUUUGGAACGUGAACCAAAGAUGCAUUUUUCUACUUCUUACAGUGAAUGAAAUUUACAAGUUGCCAUCUUCCUUUUUUGCUUACACUUGAUGAGUUUAUAUUAUGCAGAUGAACAGUAAAAAUGCCUUACUCCACUUGACUGUCUGGUUCAUCUAAAAGAAGAGCACUGGUUGGAAUCUUGCUCAGUGAGAAAUACUGUACCCGAGGUCUCAUUGUGCGACUUGAGGCAGACGCCUCUCUUUUCACUGUAUCAAAUUUGGUUCUUGCUCCCGGUGGAAUGUGUCCCUGAGUGGAUGGCAGACACUGUACUUGCUGUCAGAUGUCAAAAAAAGCACUUUUCCUCCAACAGUUUCAGAGAAUGCACAUUUUCUUCGCCUUCUAAAAUGUUUAAUGAACACACCUUUAUUCUGAUGCACCAUAAAACUGUGUGUAUUGGUCUGCACUUGCUGCUGGAGACAUUGAAGGGUAACUCUAGUGGUUAACAGUGGUAUCUCUCUGUCUUCAACCCUCUAUUGUAAACUGGUCCAGUCAGAUUCAGCUGCAGGUUGGUCCUUGUAAUGUCCCUUUUUUUGUUGUUGUUUACAGCUUCUUUUCCAAUUGUCAUUUUUGUUUUGAUGCGUGAAUUGACGCUCCUCUUUGGUAAAUCGUUGACGCCGAUCCCAAUAUCACCGUGAUGUACAGUUUGUAUUCGGAAGUCACUUGCUCCUCACAUGUUGAAUUAUUGCCUUCGACCACUAAUGUCGGCCUCUACCCGACUGUGAGCUUCUGCUUCCAGUUCCAUCGGUAACCAGGAACGCUGUCAGCAGCAGCGCUGGCUGCAUCUGGGCUCCGAAUAGAUUCAAAAGCUUGAUUGUAUAACUUUAACACAACUUUGUAGCCUCUAAGCUGCCAUGUGGAUUCUUGCUUUUUAUGCUGACAACCAUGAGGAAUUAUGCCCCAGACCCCCCGGCUUCAAUAAAACAAAGAAUCCAAA